AUGAUGAAAGGAGAAUUUCCACGGAAGUUAUCCAGUAAAUUCAAAGCGCAACUCGAUCCAGUUCUUUCUUCGCAGCUUGAGGCUAUUAUUGAAGUGCAGCAACUGGGAACUGGUGAUGGAGUUAAACUGUAUGGACACGCCGAUGGAGGACAAUUUCAGCGUGGAGAGCUCAAAGAGGUACUGGAUUCGUUAUCGGCGGGAGCGAUUGCAGCAGGUGGUUCGUUGGUUCCUCCGACAGAGAGUUCCCGUAUGCCGCCAUCGAGCUGGCAUCCGUUCUUUCGGAUCGCAUCUUCGAUUCGUGGCAUAGUUUUGGCUCCAUUCCGAGAAAAGUACGAAUAUCGUCGUAUCAACUCGAUGCUUGAUCGAGCUCAGUGGAAUUCAACUCAGCGCUCUGCAGCGAUAUCCGAAGUGACGAUUGCGGCUAGUGCUUUGUUACGAGCUGCUGGGGACCAUGUGCGUUUAGACAAUGGUCAAAAGAUGGCGCUACAAGUGGAUAAGGAGUUUAUAACUACGCUUUUCGAAUGCUUCAUCGAUUCUCCUGAUUGGUUUUCAUGCGAUUUUUUCAAGCGGCUCAAUGGAGAUCGUCUGAAACCAUCUUCAGGUGAGAGCUAUUUCUGA